CUGAAUCAGAGAAUAUACACGAAACACAUUAACAGUCUGAAGUGACUCUUACGAGUGAAUACAUAUUACCAUGCAGAAAUAUCUUAUCGUCUCACUUUGCAUUGUCGCUACAUUUAUUGCAGUAGAAGCAAGACCUUGGUAUGAAGAUAGUAGCUACGAUACCAAUGGUGAAGAUUCUAACGAUGAAUUCUCAGAAAAUGGAUAUUCAGAACAGGCAUUCGGUUCAGGGUAUCGUAGUGAUACCGGAUAUGGAAAUAGAAUUGCAUCUAACAGCAGAAGUUUAGGUGGAUAUGGCAGCAGUAAUUAUGGUAGUAGUGGAACUAGGGGAAAUGGAGAUGGCAGCAGUAGAAAUGGUAACAACGGCUAUGGCAGCAAUGGAUAUGACAGCAAUUCACAUGGCAGCAACGGAUAUGAAGGCAAUGGAUAUGGCAACAACGGGUACAGUAACAAUGGAAAUGGCGCCGGCAUGAGACGCAGUAAAGACCGCAGUAAUGGAAGCAGUGAUUUCGAUGACGGUGGAUUCGUACCAAGAUCAUGUCCACACUGCAAGAUCAAUAGCUUAGGGAAUGGGAAUAACAAUAUACACACCUUCAACUUGCCCAAAGAAGCAUUCAACUAACCUUAAGACAUUGUUAUUAUAUCUAAUUUAUAACGUGAUGCGUAAUUCAAUAAAAUAUUAUUAAGUACCA